AAAUACCUAAUCAGCAAAAAUGGACAUUUGGAUAUGGUGAUAUCAUUGGGACCUACAUUUUUCCCUUUUAGAGCAACUACAAAAGUUACUUUUUCGACAUGCGCCAGACCGACGCUAAAGUCCGUUUGACGUAACGAGGGGAUAAAUAGCCCUACAUAUUAUGAGACAUCUUUUAUCUCCAUGUGCCGAAGCCGAAGGACGGCGGACGAAGAUCCUGAUUGAUACGAUAACGUAACACCACCACGGCACCGAGUAAUUUUUACUAUUUAUACCUACUAAGUUACGUAGUCACCAUACUACUCACUCUCCUAAACACAUAGUAAAAGCAUCCCACAAUGGCACCCCUCUACAAAAAAGCCCUAAUCAUCGGCGCCACAUCCGGCAUAGGUGAAGCCCUCGCCGCACGCCUGCACGCCGAAGGCACAUCGGUGAUCGUCACGGGCCGCCGCCGCGAAGCCCUCGACGCCUUCGUCGCGCAGCACCCGGGCUCGGCCGCCGCAACGCUGGACAUCACCAAGCUCGAGUCAAUCCCCGCCUUCGCCGCCGACCUCGUCGCCCAGCACCCGGACCUCGACGCGGCGAUCCUGAACGCGGGGAUCCAGCGCCCGCUCUUCUUCGACCGGCCCGGCGGCGCCGACCUGCGCGUCUUCGGCGAGGAGCUGACGACCAACUACGUCAGCUUCGUGCACCUGACCGCGGCGCUGCUGCCGCACUUCCAGAAGCUGAGUAGUAGUAAGGAAGGGGGCGGCAAGACGACGAGCUUGGUGUACGUCAGCUCGACGCUGGGAUUGCUGCCGACGCUGGUGCGCGCGCCUGGGUACUGCGCUAGCAAGGCGGCGCUGCAUAGCUUCGUUACGACGCUGAGGCAGCAGCUCGAGGACGGCGGGUACCCUGGCGUGAAAGUGGUGGAGGUCUUCCCGCCGGCGGUGCAGACGGAGCUGCAUGAUACGAAACACCAGGCGGAUCUAGUCAACGGCGGCGAGAUCGGCAUGCCGCUUGCGCAGUAUAUAGACGGCAUGUAUGCGGGCCUGCUGAAGGGCGAUGAUCAAUUCGCUGUUGGGCCGGGCCAGGCGUGGCUUGAGGAGGGCGGGUUUGAGAAUACGAGGAUGAAGAUGUUUAAGCAGGGGCAACUGGCUAUUAAGAAUUUGCUAAAGGAGUUUGUGAAGGAGCAAUAGUCGUGUACUUAGGCACCAAGAGUAGGUAAAAAGUGAUGGGUUUCCCGGACAAGAAAUGUAUUGCUGAGCUAGGUAACGU